AUGUUAGCACUCACGACGUCGUCUCUAGCUGCUCUGUUGUUGCUCGCUCCUGUAGCAUCGUCAGUAUCGGUCGCUGAGAACUUUCUUGAAACACUUCGCACACCACGUCCGUUCCACGCCCUGCCCUCACCAAACCGGAACAGAACUUGCGUAGCCGAAUCUCACAAUGACCUCAAGACGGACGACGCGGAGAACAUCCUUCAAGCAGUUCAAGAUUGCAACGAUGGCGGCCAUGUGAUCUUUGCCGAGAAGCAGACCUACACAAUAGCCUCUCCCUUGAAUCUCACCGGCCUCUCCUCUAUAGACCUCGACAUCCAAGGCACCCUGUCCUUCCCAGCAGACAACCUCACAUACUGGCAAGCCAACUCCUUUGACCUGCAGUACCAAAACGCGACAUCCUUCUUCAUCCUCGGCGGCUCAGACAUCAACGUAUACGGGUCCGGCGUGGUGCAAGGCAACGGGCAAGCAUGGUGGGACGAAUACGUCAACAACAAGAAGCUGAAGCGGCCGGUGCUGUUCGCCGUGGUCGGACUGCAGGGCGGCAGCGUAAGCGGCCUCAAGAUGCGCAACUCGCCCUUCUGGCACAACAUCAUCGCCAAUUCCAGCGACGUCGUCUACUCAGGUCUAGAUCUAUUCUCGACCAGCAACAACGGCAACUUCGAGAAGAACACGGACGGCUGGGACAUCUACCGCAGCGAGCGCAUCACGAUUGAGAACUCGACCAUCACAAAUGGCGACGACUGCGUAUCCUUCAAACCAAACAGCACCUCGAUACUCGUCCAGAACCUGCGCUGCAACGGCACGCACGGCAUCUCCGUCGGCUCGCUAGGCCAAUACCCCUCACGAAUCGACUACGUCCAAGACAUACUGGUGCGCAACAUCACCAUGUCGCAUUCGUCCGAGGGAGCGCGGAUCAAAGUAUGGCCCGACGCGUACUCUGAGAAGUCCGCGGCCCUGACCGGCGGCGGGGGGCGGGGCCUCGUCCGCAACGUCACCUACGACGGCAUGGUGCUGGAUGACGUCGACUACGGCCUGACGAUCACGCAGUGCUACGGGCAGGACGACGAGGAGGAGUGUUUCCAGCACCCGAGUAAGCUGAACAUCACGGAUGUGACGUUCCGCAAUAUUCGCGGCAGGACGAACCGCGUCUUCAGCCCUAUUGUUGCGCAUCUUGUGUGUUCGAGUCCGCUGACGUGUUGGGGGAUCACGGCGGAGAAUGUGGAUAUCCGGACGGUGAAUGGGAGUAAUCUGGUCACGUGCAGGAAUGUGGAUGAGAGCCUGUUGGGAGGGCUGAACUGUACCGGGUGGAGUAAGGGGUAUAAUCCUGCUUAG